GGCGGGCCGGUCACCAUGGCGACGCCAAUCCUAGGCCACUCCCGUUGGCUGGUGGCGGUGGGUCCCGGACUCUUGGAGGCGGAAGCGCACGGACGGGUCAUGCUUCGUGGAACGCUCUGGCUGCUGCUGUUGCUGCUGCUGCUGGGGCCACCGAGCCCCCCGGGCACGCAGGGCCACCGAGGCGCCACAAGCCUGGAGCAGGAGGCCGAAGAACAGGACCCUUGGCUGGGCGUCCAACGCCUGCGGGAGCAGCUGAAGACCAUCGGAUCCCUCUCCAGACGGUACUGGGCGACCUUCAGUUGCACCGUGUGGCCGGAUCACUGUGAGGACCAGGAGGCCCCCACGCCGCCCCUGGGCUGGAGCCUUCCUCUGUGGGGCCGGCGGGCCCUGGAUAGCUUCACCGAGUGGUUCUGCCGCUUUCAGGACUGCUGCACCGGCGGCAGGCACUGCAGGAUCUCCAACAACUUUACAGGUUUAGAAUCAGACCUGCGUGUGCGACUGCAUGGCCAGCAUCUGGCUAGCAAGCUGGUCCCAAGAGCAGUGAGGGGCUACUUAGAGAUGCCCCAAGUUGAUAAGGCCCUGGCUCUGUCGUUCCAUGGCUGGUCCGGCACAGGCAAGAACUUCGUGGCGCGGAUGCUGGCAGAGAACCUGUAUCGGGAUGGAAUGAGGAGUGACUGCGUCAAGAUGUUUAUCUCCACCUUCCAUUUCCCACACACCAAGCAUGUGGACAUGUACAAGGAGGAGUUGCGGUGGCAGAUGCAGGAGACGUGGCGGCGCUGCCACCAGAGCAUGUUCAUCUUUGACGAAGCGGAGAAGCUGCACCCGGGGCUGCUGGAACUGCUUGGACCGCACUUGGAACCCAGGGUCCCUGAAGCCCAGGACAUGGAGCCGCCGAGACCCAUUUUCCUCUUUCUCAGUAAUCUUGGAGGCAGCGUCAUCAGUAAGGAGGUCCUGAGUUUGCUGAAGGCUGGCUGGUCCAGGGAGGAAAUCACGAUGCAGCACUUGGAGGCCCCGCUUCAAGCUGAGAUCAUGAAGUCCACAGACAGUGGCUUUGGUUCCAGCCGUCUUGUGAAGGAAAACCUUAUUGACUUCUUUGUCCCCUUCCUGCCAUUGGAAUACCACCACGUGCAGCUGUGUGUCCGAGAUGCCUUCCUGAGCCAGGACCUCCUGUACACAGAAGAGGCCCUGGAUGAAAUUGCCAAGAUGAUGACUUAUGUCCCCGAGGGGGAGCGGCGUUUCUCCUCGCAGGGCUGCAAAUCCAUUUCCCAGAGAAUCAACCUCUUCCUGUCUUGAAAGUGUCUCCUUGUGCUCCCUGGAGCUGUCUUCCUCUCCCAGAGACCCUGGAUCUGCCAGGCACCCUGGCAUUCUGCAUCACUACUCCAGCUGGUUGCAGAAGGCGGCCCCGAACAGAGGCAGUUCUUAAAUCACUUGGUGCCUUAAAGACCUGCAUUCUAGACAUUCUAUAAUGUAGGCCAGCAAGUCAGAAAGCCUUUGGGAAGUCCAAGUGCCAAACGGUCCCCAGAACUCCCCCUACAGGCCCUUAGCACCACAGCUCUUUCCAGAAAGUGGACUUGAGGCUGCAGAACAUGAAAGAACUAUGGCUCAUCAGGAAUGUGCUCCAUUCAGGUCUGUAGGUGUGGGCUGGCUUUCCAGAAGAAGGUGGUGAGCAGAUUGGCAAAAGGCCUUAGGCUAAAGGGAAAACCACAUGCUUUCGAAACCUGCCAGUGACAGGUGUGGCACACACCUGUGAUCCUAGCAUGGAGAGGGCUCAAGAGACCUGAGCUGCCUGGCGAGUUUGAGGCCAGCCAGGCUUGACAAACAAAAACCACAGAUAUGUAGCUAAGUCACGUUCUGUUCUAUAGACUGAAAACUUUUUUUUUUUUUUUUUUUUUUUUUUU